UGCAUUUUCGGGGCGGAGUCACAGUAAAACAAACCAAGGAAGGAAGGUCAUCUCGGUUGCCCACUAGCCCAAUUUAUCUCUCAAGAGAGGAAAGAUAGUCGCGUUUAUCAACACAAGUCUGCAAGUGCCGUUACUAUACCGCCGCAGCCAAAAUGUCCUCGAUGGAUUUGGAAAAACUAAAGAUGACGGGCGCUGGACGAGCGAUCGCCGUUCUUACUAGUGGUGGAGAUGCACAAGGCAUGAACGCGGCUGUCCGCGCUGUGACCCGAAUGGGCAUAUAUGUGGGAGCGAAGAUGUAUCUAAUCUAUGAGGGCUACCAAGGGCUGGUGGAUGGAGGAGACAACAUUAAACUGGCCCACUGGCAGAGUGUGACUGACAUAAUCCAGCAGGGGGGCACGGUCAUCGGCAGCGCCCGCUGUAAGGCCUUCACCACCCGAGAAGGGAGGCUGGCGGCAGCCUUCAACCUGGUGAAGCGCGGCAUUACCAACCUGUGCGUGUGCGGUGGCGACGGCAGUCUCACCGGGGCCAACAUCUUCCGUGGCGAGUGGAGCGGUCUGUUGACAGAGCUGGUGCAGAAAGGGAGGAUCACAGACACACUAGCUAAGCAGCACAACCACCUAAAUAUCGUAGGGCUGGUGGGCUCCAUUGACAACGACUUCUGUGGGACAGACAUGACCAUCGGAGCCGACUCAGCUCUGCACCGCAUCAUGGAGAUCGUUGAUGCCAUCACCACCACCGCCCAGAGCCACCAGCGCACGUUUGUUCUGGAAGUCAUGGGCCGCCACUGUGGGUACUUGGCGCUGGUGUCUGCUUUGGCGUCCGGAGCAGACUGGCUCUUCAUACCAGAGGCGCCCCCAGAGGAGGGCUGGGAGGACCGCAUGUGUGCCCGUCUGGAGGGGAGUCGCAGUAAGGGAUCCCGACUCAACAUCAUCAUCAUCGCUGAGGGGGCUAUCAACAAGAACGGAGAGCCAAUAUCUUCCAACUACAUCAAGGAUCUGGUAGUGAAGAGGCUCGGCUAUGACACCAGGGUGACGGUGCUGGGUCAUGUCCAGAGAGGAGGCACGCCCUCUGCCUUCGACAGGGUCCUGAGCAGUAAGGUGGGUGUGGAGGCCGUGGUGGCGCUGCUGGAGGCGAGCCCAGACACCCCUGCAUGUGUCAUCGGCCUGUCUGGAAACCAGGCCAUGCGGCUGCCCCUCAUGGAGUGUGUGGAGAUGACUAAGGAGGUGCAGAAGGCCAUGAAUGAGAAGCGUUUUGACGAGGCCAUCAAACUGCGAGGAGGGAGCUUUGAAAACAACUGGAACAUUUACAAGCUGCUGUCCUACCAUAAGCCAGCCCUGACCAAGACUAACUGCUCCCUGGCUGUCUUGAACGUGGGCGCCCCAGCCGCAGGUAUGAAUGCUGCGGUGAGGUCGGCCGCCAGGGUGGCGCUGGCUUCCGGUCACAAGGUCUACGCUGUCAGCGAUGGCUUUGAAGGCCUGGCCAACGGAGCGGUGACUGAGAUGAUGUGGCACAGUGUGGCUGGCUGGACUGGCCAGGGUGGCUCCCUGCUGGGAACCAAGCGGACCCUCCCAAGCACGUGCAUGGAGACAAUUGUGGAAAACAUCAACAAGUACAGCAUCCAAGGCCUGCUGAUUGUCGGAGGGUUCGAGGCCUAUGAGGGUGUGCUGGAGCUGUUUGAAGCACGGGGUCGUUAUGACGAGCUGUGCAUCCCCAUGGUGGUCAUCCCAGCCACCAUCAGCAACAAUGUGCCCGGCACGGACUUCAGCCUGGGGGCCGACACGGCUGUUAAUGCUGCCAUGGAGGGUUGUGACAAGAUCAAGCAAUCAGCUUCUGGAACCAAAAGGCGUGUCUUUGUGGUGGAGACUAUGGGGGGUUAUUGUGGAUACCUGGCAACCACCACUGGUAUUGCAGUUGGUGCUGAUGCAGCAUACAUAUUUGAGGAACCUAUCAACAUCCACGACUUAAAGACUAACGUGGAGCAUUUAACAGAGAAGAUGAGGAAGGAUAUCCAGCGAGGACUGGUGUUGAGGAACGAGAAGUGCCAUGUCCACUACACCACUGACUUCAUCCACAAGCUGUAUUCAGCAGAGGGGAAGGGCAUCUUCGAUUGCCGUGUCAAUGUGCUCGGGCAUCUCCAGCAAGGUGGGGCCCCUUCACCCUUUGACAGAAAUUUCGGCACUAAAUUGGGUGUGAAGGCUGUGCAGUGGCUUUCUGAGAAGAUGGCGGACAACUACAGACAAGGACGUGUGUUCGCCAACGCCCCGAACACAGCUUGUGUGAUCGGCCUCAACAAGAAGGUCCUCUCCUUCAUCCCUGUGACUGAACUAAAGGCCAUGACUGAUUUUGAACACAGGAUGCCUAAGACACAGUGGUGGUUGAACCUGCGUCUGAUGCUGAAGAUGCUGGCCAAGCACCAGACCAGCUUCAGCGAUUACGUCCCUGGGGAGAUCGAACAUGUGACCCGCAGGUCCCUCAGCAUAGAUACUGGCUUCUAAACAUUCUGGAACCCUUGAAUGUCUUUCCAUUCACCACCAUUCCAUCCAUGAUUUCAUCUUUACAUUCCAUCCAUGAUUCCGCAACUGUCUUUCCUUUCUCUGUCUAAAGAGGAGUCCUUGUCCCUACAUCUGUGUAAUGUGCCUGAAAGACUGUUGAAACAUACUGAAAUCCAGUUUAAACCUCAGUUCCUUAUUGUUGAAAAGCUUGCCAUACCUACAGUAGGAAUGUAAUUGAAUGAGGUAGACCAAGUAUUGCUAUGUACCUUUAUAGAAAGAUAAUAAUGACUACAAAACAAAUCUAAAAGGCUGAUAAGGUGUAGAGAAAAAAUCCAAGUCAAGAGGGCCCAAAGAAAUAGAAAAUGUAUAAUACAAAAAUGCAAUAUAUAGUAUAAUUUUUAUUUUACCUUAUCCAAAUUGUCUAUAUAUGAAUAUAUGAAAUUAUAUAUUUAAACACAUUUGUUGAACAGUCAAAAGAUCACACAGCAUACACAAUUCUUUGUUUAUUAAAAGUGAAGUUUUGCUCAGGUCCCAAUGCAAAUCCAUACUUUUGAAUGUUUGUCACAGAGGGAAAAUAUCAGAUUGUUGUGUUAUGUAAUUGAGCUUUGAGAUGUACACUUACUUGGUGCUUGAACAUGCUUUUUUGAUGUCAUGAACUGUAAUGAUGUUGAAUGAAAUUAACUUUUAUUGUGACACUUCCAACAUGUAUUUUUAAUGAGUGGCAUUGGAUCUUUUAGUUGUCUUAGGCCUUGACCUUGGCCUGUGCAAUUGGUGUAGCUUUCGGUUGAUGUUUGAUAAUCAUUUGUAAUCUCUAAAUUGGGUGUUAAAGUGUGCGUCUCUUUUCUACUCUUUAUAGAGGUAGAUAACUGCUGGAAAUCUUGUUUAUCAAUACAGUUACACCAAACAGUAAAUCACAGACAUUUUCAGAACACUGGGUAAGGUGCAAUUACCUUUAAAGUUUAGGAUUAUUUGCUGUUUUUGCAAUUGUAAAAGAUGAGCUAAGUAGCAAUGUCCACAAAGCAGAGCUGUGAAUAAUUGUUAAUGUGAAUUGUAAUGUAAUUUGAGGCUGUAGCAUUAAUAUAAACACUCAGUUCUAAAGA